ACGAGGUGAAGGUGCAUUAACUCCUCUUUUAAACUUUGUGGCAGUUGAGACAGAUGUGCGAUUGUGUGGUUUGUUCCCGCCCCUGUCAAUCAAACGCAGACUCGGCAAGCGUGCCACCUGUCGGUCGAGACACUUAUGAAACGCGCAGAAGCUUCGUUUAGCCAUAGUCACGUGACAUGGGUGUUUUGAAUCACAGUUCGGAGCAGUGUUUCGAAACAUCUACGCUUCGGGAUCUCGACACUGUGUCGAAACGUUAGUUUCGCGUCAGCCAUCCCUACAGACAGACCGUUCUCGGAAUAGAAAGGCAUUUAUUGGAAGAUCUGGGAGUUUUACCUGCAAACCCAUGUGAGAUUGCUGAAUGACUGGUCCAUGAAACACAAAGCACAAAAUGACCACAUCUGCAGAUGAUUUUAGUUCCCAGAGAUGUGUAUAUUCUGUUAUCUUUUAAAACUGCUUCUUCUCCUCUCCGUGAACAUUGUGCUUUGUAUGGCAGCUUGUAAUAAUGCAGAAUAUGAAAUUAAUGGAGAGUGUUGCCCAAUGUGUGAUCCAGGAAAGCGAGUUCAUAAACACUGUGAUGAGUUCACAAGCACGACAUGUGAUUCAUGUCCCAUCAGGACUUACACUCAUAUUCCUAAUGGAUUAACAGAAUGUCUGCCCUGUUCUGUGUGUGAUACGAGUAAUGGGCUGACAGUAAAACAGGCAUGUACAUUAAAAUCAGACACAGUGUGUGGACCUCUUCCUGGUUAUUACUGUAUUGACUCGCUCUAUAACUGUAAAAGAGCCAAGAAACAUUCAUCCUGCUCACCUGGACAAUACAUCAACCAAACAGGAACAGAGUUCAGAGAUACAGUGUGUGAGCACUGUCCUGCUGGUUCAUAUUCCAAUGGUACAUUCUGCAUAUUGCAUACAGACUGUGAAUCUCUACACAAGACAACAAUCAGAGAAGGAACAGAUACGACUGAUGCUGAGUGCAGUGAUGGAGCAUCUUUACUGACAGUGAUUCUGAGUGUGUGUGGAGUGUGUUUACUGAUAUUUACUGUCAUAGCUGUAAUUUUUGUAAAGAAGAAAAUAGCAAAAAAGCAAAAUAAUGGAUCAUAUCAAGUUACUAAUACUCAAGAUACGAACCUGUCAACUUUUUGAAUCAUGUAAUGUUUUUAAAUAGUUUUUAUAUUAAAGUACCAGGUUUUUUCACUUCA